GCAGCGCAGCCAAUGUCGGAAAACAUUGGCUAAAUUAUUAUUUUAUUUAGGGGUUGGGGAAAGAAAGAAAAGAGAAAUAAAAGUUAGCGAUCCUCCUCUUCCGGUGUGGACACCCAAAAGACGAGAAGUCUCUGUACGGGUUUAUUUCGAUCGAGUUCCAAAUCCACACAACCAUGGCUAUGGCGAGCUUUGCAAGACGGAAGGCCUUCUUCUUCUCCAGAAAUGCCUCCCAUUCUUCCUCCAUGGAUGUUCUCAAGCUCACCUUCUCCAGGGGCUUCGCUUCAUCGGGAUCUGAUGAGAAUGACGUUGUCGUCAUCGGCGGCGGACCCGGAGGCUAUGUCGCCGCCAUUAAGGCCGCUCAGCUUGGGCUUAAAACCACCUGCAUCGAGAAGCGUGGGACUCUCGGUGGUACUUGUCUCAAUGUUGGUUGUAUCCCCUCCAAGGCUCUUCUUCAUUCCUCCCACAUGUAUCAUGAAGCUAAACACGCAUUUGCAAGCCAUGGCGUGAAAUUUUCUUCUGUUGAGGUUGAUUUGCCUGCCAUGAUGGCACAGAAAGAUAAAGCAGUUGCUAAUCUGACCCGAGGUAUUGAAGGCUUGUUUAAGAAGAAUAAGGUGAACUAUGUGAAAGGUUAUGGAAAGCUAAUCUCCCCUUCUGAAGUUUCUGUCGAUACCAUUGAUGGGGGAAACACGGUUGUGAAAGGAAAGAAUAUUAUAAUUGCUACUGGUUCUGAUGUCAAGUCCUUACCUGGGAUCACCAUUGAUGAAAAGAGAAUUAUUUCAUCUACAGGAGCUUUAGCUUUGACUGAAAUUCCCAAAAAGCUUGUGGUCAUCGGGGCCGGUUACAUUGGUCUAGAGAUGGGUUCGGUAUGGGGACGACUUGGCUCAGAGGUAACUGUUGUUGAGUUUGCUCCUGAUAUUGUCCCCACCAUGGAUGCAGAAGUUCGCAAGCAAUUCCAGCGCUCAUUGGAGAAGCAAGGAAUGAAAUUUAAGCUCAAAACUAAGGUGGUAGGAGUUGACACAUCUGGAGAUGGUGUAAAGCUGACACUUGAGCCAGCAGCCGGUGGAGACCAAACCACUCUAGAGGCGGAUGUUGUUCUUGUAUCUGCUGGUAGAACUCCAUUCACUUCUGGACUCGGACUCGAGAAGUUAGGAGUGGAAACAGAUAAGAUAGGUCGGAUUUUAGUAAAUCAUAGAUUUGCCACGAAUGUGCCUGGAAUCUAUGCUAUUGGGGAUGUAAUUCCCGGCCCAAUGUUAGCUCACAAGGCCGAAGAAGAUGGUGUUGCUUGCGUGGAGUUUUUAGCUGGUAAGACGGGUCAUGUGGACUAUGACAAGGUUCCAGGGGUUGUAUAUACGCAUCCUGAGGUUGCCUCCGUGGGAAAAACGGAGGAGCAAGUUAAGGCACUUGGGGUCGCCUAUCGUGUCGGGAAGUUUCCAUUCAUGGCAAAUAGUCGAGCCAAGGCGAUUGAUGAUGCUGAAGGUAUUGUCAAGAUAUUGGCUGAAAAGGAAACAGACAAGAUAUUAGGAGUGCAUAUAAUGGCGCCCAAUGCAGGCGAACUGAUUCAUGAGGCAGCUAUAGCGUUACAAUAUGAUGCUUCAAGCGAGGACAUAGCCCGCGUUUGUCAUGCACAUCCCACAAUGAGUGAAGCACUGAAGGAAGCUGCCAUGGCAACAUAUGACAAGCCAAUUCAUAUAUAAGACAGUUAAACAUGUGUUCCAUUUUUUCUUCUUCAUCCAUAUUUUCAUUUUUAUCAAAAGGAGAUUUGAAAUGACUCUCGCAAGUAUUGUCACUCUCUUCAGAAGGGUUCGGAGUGUUUCAAAUACACAUUUGCUAUUUUUCAGCUUUCA